GGUAAAAUGGCACAGAGACGAAAUCAGACAGAGUCAGCUAAAUACUCCUGUUCCAUCUGUUUGGAUCUACUGAAGGAUCCGGUGACUAUUCCCUGUGGACACAGCUACUGUAUGAACUGCAUUAAAAACCACUGGGAUGGAGAAGAUCAGAGGAGAAUCCACAACUGCCCUCAGUGCAGGAAAGAGUUCAUACGAAGACCUGAUCUGGAGAAGAACUUCAUGUUAUCAGAGUUGGUGGAGGAUCUGAAGAAAACUGGACUCCAAGCUGCUCCAGCUGAUCACUGCUAUGCUGGACCUGAAGAUGUGGCCUGUGAUUUCUGCAGUGGGAGGAAGAAAAAAGCUGUCAAGACCUGCCUGGUCUGCUUGGUUUCUUAUUGCCAAAAGCACCUUCAACCUCAUUAUGAAUCUCAUACAUUUAAAAAACAUAACCUUGUUGAAGCUUCUACUAAACUUCAGCAGAGGAUCUGCUCUCGUCAUGAUGAGGUGAUGAAGAUCUUCUGUCGUACUGAUCAGCAGUGUAUCUGUUAUCUCUGCACUAUGGAUGAACAUAAAGGCCAUGAAACAGUCCCAGCUGCAGCAGAAAGAGCUGAGAAGCAGAAGAAGCUCCAGGGGAGUCGACAACAAAUCCAUCAGAGAAUCCAGGACCAAGAGAAAGAUGUGAAGCUGCUUCAACAGGAGGUGGAGGCCAUCAAUGUCUCUGCUGAUAAAGCAGUGGAGGACAGUGAGAAGAUCUUCACUGAGCUGAUCCGUCUCCUCCAGGAAAGAAGCUCUGAUGUGAAGCAGCAGAUCAGAUCCCAGCAGGAAACUGAAGUGAGUCGAGUCAAAGAUGUUCAGGAGAAGCUGGAGCAGGAGAUCACUGAGCUGAAGAGGAAAGACGCUGAGCUGGAGCAGCUCUCACACACAGAGGAUCACACCCAGUUUCUCCUCAACUACCCCUCACUGCCAGCACUCAGUGAGUCUACACACUCAUCCAGCAUCAACAUCCGUCCUCUGAGACACUUUGAGGACGUGACAGCAGCUGUGUCAGAGCUUAGAGACAUAAUGCAGGACGUCCUGAGAGACUCAUGGAGAAACAUCUCACUGAAGGUCACUGAGGUGGAUGUCAUACUGUCAGAAACAGAACCAAAGACCAGAGCUGAAUUCUUAAAAUAUUCACAAAAAGUCACUCUGGAUCCAAACACAGCACACAGGAAGCUGUUUUUAUCGGAUGGAAAUAGAAAAGUAACAUCAAAACUUCCUUCAUCUUCCGUACUGCGGUAUCAUUUUAGUGAUCCAGACAGAUUCACUGAUUAUAAUCAGGUUCUGAGCAGAGAGACUCUGACUGGACAUUGUUAUUGUGAGGUGGAGAGGAGAGGAGGAAGAGUUGCUGUAGCAGUUUCAUACAAAAACAUCAGCAGAGAAGGAAGAUCAGAUAAGUGUGCAUUUGGAUUCAAUAACAAUUCUUGGGCAUUAUAUUGCGACAGAAACAGUUACACUUUUCAUCACAACAACAUUAAAACUGCAGUAUCAGGUCCAGUUUCCUCCAGACUGGGAGUGUAUCUGGAUCACAGAGCAGGUAUUCUGUGUUUCUACAGCAUCUCUGGAACCAUGACUCUGAUCCACAGAGUCCAGACCAAAUUCACUCAGCCUCUACAUGCUGGAGUCCGGCUGUUUGAUGAGGCAGAUUUUGCUGAGUUCAUUAAAGUCAAAUAG